CAACACUUCCGCUUUCUUCUACGCUACGGGAAACGUGUGUCGGUAGCUAGGUAAACAACAUGGCUGCGGGAUCCAGCGGUGCGGGCAGCGAGCUACAGAAAGAGUUGAUGUGUGCCAUCUGCCUGGACUACUUCAACGACCCCGUCAUUCUCAAAUGCGGACACAAUUUUUGCAAGUUUUGCAUCCUGAUGCACUGGGAGGAGAACGGAGGAGAGGACGUCGGUUAUCAAUGCCCCGAGUGCAGAAUGAUAUUUAACAAGAUCAGCUUCACCAAGAACUACCUGGUUAAGAACCUUGUUGAUAAGCUGAGUGAGUUUGAGUGUCUGAAGCCCUGUGAGCAGCCGGCUCCAUCCAAGCGUGUCCAACUAGACGGGAAAUGCGACAGGCAUGGAGAGGAGCUGAAGCUCUACUGCCACACCGACAACAAACCCAUCUGUGUGGUGUGUAGGGAGUCCCGGGCACACAGACAUCAUGAUGUGGCUCCUGUACCAGAGGUCCUUGAGGAUAUGAAGAGCGAGCUGCGACUGAGGCUGGUGGAAUUAACAUGGCAGAAGACUGUGUGUACAAGAGUGAAGGCUAUGGACGAGCAGACCAAGAAUGAAGCCAAGUUAAAGAAGCUGAAGCUGAAGGAGAAGAUUGAGGAGGAUGUGGGAUCUCUAGUCCAGUUCCUGUUGGAUGAGAAGGACGACCUACUGGAGGCUCUGGAUGCUGAGGAGGAGACUGUCAUAGGGAUGAUAGAUGACAACCUGAGGUGGGUGGAGACCGAGGUGGUAGCUGUGGACAAACACAUGGCUCAGAUACACAACCACAUCAGAGGAAACACCAGCUUCGAGAGCAUCACUGAGACAUACAAAAACCCUCUAAAGGUGAGCCCUCUCAUAUCAUCUGUUAACUGUCCGGGCGACUGGAUGAAUGAAUUCUCUGGACCCCAUCAGCUGAUCUUGUGGAAAAGGAUGAUGCACGUGUUGCAUACCAUGCCCCAGAACCUGACCCUGGACCCAGACACAGCUCACCCUAACUUGGCCAUCACAGACUUCGACACCAAGGUAGAGGAAGUGCGUACCCGUAGCCAGGAACCAGACCUGCCUCAGCGCUUCACCCGCUUCUGUGGCAUUCUGGCCACUGCACAAUACUCCAGCGGACAACACUACUGGGAGGUGGAUGUGAAGGACAAGGGCGUAUGGUACUUGGGGGUGACUGGGGAGUACAGUCCCAGGAAGGGUUUCGUCAACCUGUGUCCAUCCUCUGGCUACUGGAGCCUUAGUCUGCAGGACAGGCUAUAUGCUAACGAGGAGGAUGCCAAGAUACCUCUGGCCGACUACUGGAACUCCCCGCGGGUUGGCGUGUACCUGGACUACGACGCAGGCCGCGUGUCCUUCUACGACGCAGUCACCAUGAAGAAGUUGUACAUGUUUGAUGCGUACUUCGAGGAGCCGGUAUCUCCUUUCUUCAGCCCAGGGAAGAACGAUCCUGGGAGCAGACUGCAGAUCUGUCAUUACUACUGAGAUGGAGGGGGGGGGGGGUGUGCGUGCGUGUGCCUGGAUAGAAGAUUAGGCCUACAGCCAACUCUGAGUGAGUGAGUGAGUGAGUGUGUGUGUGUGUGUGUUUGGCUACUCAUUCCAGAUUCACUAUUGAUGAUGUAUGAUCAACCAUUCCAGCUGUGGCUUUGUGCCAGAGCCCCUGGAGUGUUCUAGAAUGGUACUGAUUCUACUGUGGCUUUGUGCCAGAGCCCCUGGAGUGUUCUAGAAUGGUACUGAUUCUACUGUGGCUUUGUGCCAGAGCCCCUGGAGUGUUCUAGAAUGGUACUGAUUCUACUGUGGCUUUGUGCCAGAGCCCCUGGAGUGUUCUAGAAUGGUACUGAUUCUACUGUGGCUUUGUGCCAGAGCCCCUGGAGUGUUCUAGAAUGGUACUGAUUCUACUGUGGCUUUGUGCCAGAGCCCCUGGAGUGUUCUAGAAUGGUACUGAUUCUACUGUGGCUUUGUGCCAGAGCCCCUGGAGUGUUCUAGAAUGGUACUGAUUCUACUGUGGCUUUGUGCCAGAGCCACUGGAGUGUUCUAGAAUGGUACUGAUUCUACUGUGGCUUUGGUGGGGGUUCCAGAGUGUCUUGUUCAAACUUUGUGAUUGUAGAAUUUGUAAAAUGUAAACAUUUUAAAAUGAAAGAGUCCCUGGGUGACUCGUUGUGACUGAUACAUGACAUCACGUUGGAAAGACGGCAGCCUUUCUCCUAAAGGACACCGAGACACGGCCUGCUGGGUAUUGACGAAGUGUGGCCGUUUUCAACGUGUUGAAUCGUCUGCGAAGUGUUAAUGACAACCAAUAUUCUGGUCAGAGGAGAUGCCACCAUCUGGUUCUAACCUCUGGUCUUCACGGCCGUGGUCUGACCCCGCUGGACUUCACGGCGUGGUCUGACCCCGCUGGACUUCACGGCCGUGGUCUGACCCCGCUGGACUUCACGGACGUGGUCUGACCCCGCUGGACUUCACGGCCGUGGUCUGACCCCGCUGGACUUCACGGGCGUGGUCUGACCCCGCUGGUCUUCACGGCCGUGGUCUGACCCCGCUGGACUUCACGGGCGUGGUCUGACCCCGCUGGACUUCACGGGCGUGGUCUGACCCCGCUGGACUUCACGGCCGUGGUCUGACCCCGCUGGACUUCACGGCGUGGUCUGACCCCGCUGGUCUUCACGGCGUGGUCUGACCCCGCUGGUCUUCACGGCCGUGGUCUGACCCCGCUGGUCUUCACGGCCGUGGUCUGACCCCGCUGGUCUUCACGGACGUGGUCUGACCCCGCUGGACUUCACGGCGUGGUCUGACCUCUAAAAGCUGUGCUAGGAAGUGGUUGCAUCUCAAAUGGCACCCUAUUCCCUAUAUAGUGCACUACCAGGGCCCACAGGGCUCUGGUAGAAAGUAGUGCGCCAUAUAUAAGGGAAUAGGGUAUGUGGUCAUACUGUACCAUAGUAGUGGACAGAACAGCACUUCUCAGUCACGGCUGUUCCUACAGACAGUCAUUAGAGGUGUUGGUAUCCUACUACAGACACAGGACGUGUCCCCAAUAGCACUCUGUACCAUAUACAGUGCACCACUUUGGUCAAAAUCAGUUCACUAUAUAGGACCGGGUUUCCCAAACUCCAUCCUCGGGAACCCAAGGGGUGCACGGUUAGGUUUUUGUUGUUGAGAAGUGCUGUUCUGUCCACUACUAUGGUACAGUAUGACCACAUACCCUAUUCGCUUAUAUGGUGCACUACUUUCUACCAGAGUCCUAUGGACCCUGGUAGUGCACUAUAUAGGAAAUAGGGUGCCGUAUGAGAAGCAUCCUUAGUUGAUGUACAGAAACGGAGAACUACUCUGAAUUUCCUAAAACACAAAGUACAUACGUACAGGUAACUGCCAAAAUAAAGGAAACACCAACACAGUGUCUUAAUAGGGCGUUGGGGCCACCACGAGCCACCAGAACAGCUUGAAUGUGUCUUGGAAUACAUUCUACAAGAAUCUGGAACUCUAUUGGAGGGAUGUGACACCGUUCUUCCACGAGAAAUUCCAUCAUUUGGUGUUUUGUUGAUGGUGAUGGGAAAACCCGUCUCAGGCGCCACUCCAGAAUCUACCGUAAGUGUUAAAUUGGGUUGAGAUCUGGUGACUGACACACACACACCUUUUAAACCCCCUAUGUUCCUAUGAGACCCCUCUUUCAAAUCACUGAGAUCUUUUUUUCUAGCCAUGGUAGCCAAAGUAUCGGAGCAUUUUUAUACAUGAACAUAAGCAUUAUGGGAUGUUAAUUGCUUAACUCAGGAACCACAUCUGUGUGGAAGCACCUGCUUUCAAUAUACUUUGUAUCCCUCAUAUACUCGUGUUUCCUUUUGAUUUUGGCAGUUACCUGAACGGUACAUAUUCUGUACCAUUACAUUGACUAUUAAUGGGUCCUGUGUUUUGUUGUCAAUAACAUUACAUUACAUCCUGUUUUCUGUUCGCAAUAACAUUACAUCCUGUUCUUUGUUCGCAAUAACAUUACAUUACAUCCUGUUUUCUGUUGUCAAUAACAUUACAUCCUGUUUUUUGUUCACAAUAACAUUACAUUACAUCUUGUUCUUUGUUGUCUAACAAUACAUUACAUCCUGUUUUUCAUUGUCAAUUACAUUACAUCCUGUUUUUUGUUCGCAAUAACAUUACAUUACAUCCUGUUCUUUGUUGUCUAACAAUACAUUACAUCCUGUUCUUUGUUGUCUAACAAUACAUUACAUCCUGUUUUUUGUUCGCAAUAACAUUACAUUACAUCCUGUUCUUUGUUGUCAAAAACAUAACAUCCUGUUUUUCAUUGUUGUCUAACAUUACAUUACAUCCUGUUUUUUGAUGGUUGUGAAUAACCUUGUUUGUAUUUGAAUUGUCCAUUUUAGAUUACGUUUUUAACCUGUGUGUAGUUUUUGGUUCAUCGUCAUUUCGUAAAGGUUUAACCAAUUCCAUUGUUUAGUCAAACUAAAGUGCUAACACUGGGCCAUAUUCAGUUGCCAAACUUUCUUGAACAUUGCAGAUAGAACUGCCAUGAAUAGAGCUGAUGUGAAUCCUUAUUCUACAUCUGAGGUAUGUUUGAUCUACACAGGCUAUUUCUAUCUGAACGUUCCAAAACAUUGUGUCAUGCUGAAAGCGAUCUGGCUAUUGUUGUUUAUUUUGGUGCUUUAACAUGUGGAGAACACUGUUUACAGGGGUAGAAUGUUUUCCUAUUGGCUAUGUGUCCGUUCAGGUCACAUUGCUCUGGUUGCUGAUUGGUCCAUUUGAGCAUGGUUGUCUUGACCAUCUGCGGUCCAACCAGAAUGUUCCACUGGGGUUGUGUUCAAAUACAGGGCUGCGUUCAGUAUGAAUUGAAUGUAACGCUCAAUGAAACGGUGCUAUACUGAACGACCAGUUGAAAAAAGGAGACUGGUUGAAGUUUCAAAAUGUACAGCUGCCCUUUUUAAAUACUUAACAUAUUGCUUCAAGUCACACUCACCAAAUGAAGCAAAUGUACCUUAGUCUGUACAAGAAAGUUUUGGGAAAAGGUGUCGUUCAGUACAAACCGUUCCGCAAUGUAGCAAACGUUCAAUCGAACUGAACGCACCCCAAGAAUACACAAGGUCAGUUCUCUUUGUUUUGAAGUUUUUAUUUUUAUCCUGUUAUUCAUUUACCCUUGAAUAUCAAUGUAUUUAUUAUACAUUUUUACCUUUUUUAUUUUUUUUGAAUUUAGUGUUUUCAUUUUAAUGAAUCAUGAUUGUUUUAAUGAAAUGAUUGCAAUGCAUAUUGGGUGUUUUGGAAAGAAUGGCUGUUUUUUGAAUUGUGUUUGUUCAUGUUGUCAUUAGUGCAAAUUACAAAUGCAAUACUGUAUGUAAGCCUACCGUCCUUGUGUUACUAAUGAACAUUUGGAAAAUAAAAUGUAACUGGACAAUG